AUGGCGAAGAAUACCACUCUCAAGGAGUUUGAAUCCGUCUUCCCAAGAUUGGUUGAGGAUUUACUUGCCCAUGCCCAAAAGUACAACCUCCCACAACAGGGUCAAGAUUGGCUCAAGGCCUCUCUGUAUGCCAACACGAUUGGCGGAAAAUGCAAUCGUGGAAUGUCUGUUCCCGACUCAGUAUCUCUCCUCCUCGAAGCUCCCCUUUCUGAAGAACAAUACUUCGAAUCUGCCACAUUGGGAUGGAUGACUGAACUUCUUCAAGCUUUCUUCCUUGUAUCAGAUGAUAUCAUGGAUAGCAGCAUCACUCGUCGCGGUCAACCUUGUUGGUACAGACAACCAAAUGUUGGUAUGAUCGCUAUCAAUGAUGCUUUCAUCCUCGAAGCCGCGAUCUACUCUUUAUUGAAGAAGUACUUCCGCUCUCACCCUUCCUACGUUGAUCUCAUCGAACUCUUCCACGAAGUUACGUACCAGACAGAACUUGGUCAAUUGUGCGAUUUGUUGACCGCACCAGAGGACAAGGUCGAUUUGGACAACUUCUCAAUGACCAAGUAUGACUUCAUUGUCACUUACAAGACUGCUUAUUAUUCCUUCUAUCUUCCAGUCGCUCUUGCACUUCACCACCAGAAGAUCGCAACUCCAAAGAACCUUAAGCAAGCCGAAGAUAUCUUGAUUCCACUUGGCCAAUAUUUCCAAAUCCAAGAUGAUUAUCUUGACAACUUUGGUCUACCAGAGCAUAUUGGAAAGAUCGGAACUGAUAUCAUGGAUAACAAGUGCUCUUGGCUCGUAAACAAAGCAUUGGCUAUUGCAACACCUGAGCAGCGUCAAAUACUCGAGGAGAACUAUGGACACAAAGAUAAGACGAAGGAAGCCGCAGUGAAGAAGCUGUUCGAUGAGCUGAAUUUGAAGCAGAUCUAUGAGGAUUAUGAAGAGAAGAGAGUUGGUGAGAUCAAAGAAUUGAUUUCACAGGUUGAUGAAUCUGAAGGCUUGAAGAAGACUGUGUUUGAGAGCUUCUUGCAGAAGAUUUACAAGAGAAGCAAGUAAACGGACAGGACCUUUGUUGAUCGCGCAUAAUUCUUUACACUAAUGAGCAGCGAGCUAUAAUUUUCUAAAAGUUGUUGGAAUUUAUAGAGCUGAGUUUUAAAAUACCCCAGAUAAGCCUUAUGCUUCAUCUUGUACCUUUGGGUAAUUGUUUAAUUCGCGCUGAUGAUUUUCUGUUUUGCUGUUAUUUUUCUCAUGAUUCAUAAAUCUCAUUGUGCUAUAUGCUGAAGCCUUUCGCUAUAUGGAGCGAGAGGUAUUUAAUGCUUCCAGACCAGCUGGUCUGAUAUCUUGAUCCAUAAACUUUUAUGCUGCAUCUUUCCC